AUGCAGAGAACACUUAUCAAUACUUCGUUGAGGCAAGUUCAAAAGAGAUUUAAUUCAACUUCUGUGACUGCAAGCUAUUUCCCUGAAGAACCCAAAAACCCAAUAUUUCAGACGGAAACAAUCCCCGGUCCCAAAUCAAUUGCUUUAAACAAAGAGCUUGGUGAAGUUUAUGAUAAUCAUGCAACUUACUUUGUGACCGAUUACUUCAACUCUUUAGGGAAUUAUAUUAGUGAUGCUGAUGGUAACAAAUUGUUAGAUGUUUAUUGUCAAAUUUCAUCAAUUGCUUUGGGUUAUAAUAAUCCAGAAUUAAUAAAGGCAGCCAAAUCAGACGAAAUGGUCAAUGCGAUUGUUAAUCGUCCAGCUUUGGCAUGUUUCCCAUCUACCAAUUACAAACAAAUUCUUGAAGAGGGUCUUUUAGCAGCUGCGCCACCAGGAAUGGACAAAAUAUGGACAUCAUUAAGUGGAUCUGAUGCCAAUGAAACUGCAUACAAGGCAGCAUUUAUGUACCAACAUGCAAAAUUAAGAGGUGAUAAGGCAUUUACUGAAGAAGAACUUGCCACAUGUAUGGAAAACAAAACCCCUGGUGCCUCUGACAUGUCUAUUUUAUCAUUUGAUAAAGGGUUCCAUGGGAGAUUGUUUGGUUCUUUGUCAACUACAAGAUCCAAAGCAAUUCAUAAGUUGGAUAUUCCUGCUUUCCCAUGGCCAAGAGCCCCAUUUCCACGAUUGAAGUAUCCAUUAGAAGAUUUUGAAACAGAAAACAGAGAUGAAGAACAAGGUUGUUUGUAUCAGUUGGAAUCAAUAAUUGAAAACUCUCCAAGUCAAAUUGCAGCCAUUAUCGUGGAACCAGUUCAAUCAGAAGGAGGUGACAAUCAUGCCACGUCAUUCUUCUUUCAAGGUCUCAGAGACAUUACCAAAAAACAUGGAAUUUUAUUCAUUGUGGACGAAGUCCAAACUGGUGUUGGGGCAUCAGGAAAAAUGUGGGCCCAUGAGCAUUGGAAUUUGACUACUCCUCCAGAUAUGGUGACAUUUUCCAAAAAAUUUCAGGCUGCUGGAUUCUAUUUCAGUAAUCCUGAUUUACAACCAAAAUUGCCAUAUAGACAGUUCAAUACUUGGUGUGGUGACCCAUCCAAAGCCAUUUUGGCAAAGGCCAUCUAUCAAGAAAUUGUCAAAUCUAACUUGGUGGAAAGAACUGCUGAGGUUGGUGAUUAUUUAUUUGAGAAAUUACUGUCAAUCUUAUCAAGAUUUCCUGAUAAAGUCUUCAAUUUGAGAGGAAAGAACUAUGGUACAUUUAAGUCUUCAAUUUGA